CUUAGCCAGUAAGGUGACAAAGGCGAAUAUCAACGUAGAAGAAUAUGCGCUGCUGGCAUAAAACAAGAUCAAAAAUAUUUAAGAUUUAGGUGUCAACGAUGGAGAUUUCUCGGAGAGAAUCCUAUAGGAUCCUUGAAGUUGAAGAAGGAUCAAGCAAAGAUGAAAUCCGGACAGCUUACAAGAAGCAGGCCCUCAAAUGGCAUCCUGACAAACACAAGAAUUCUCCAUCAGCCACACAGAAAUUUCAGGAGAUCAGCUCUGCCUACGAGAGGCUAAUGAAGCCAGAACAGAUUGAAAUCAGUCUUACAAUGGAACAGAUGUUUGAUUUGUUUGCACAUGUCUUUUGUGGAAAUAGAGGUGCAGGUUUCUCCAACGGCUUUGGGUAUAAUUUGGGUGAUUCAGACAGUGAUAGCAGCAGUGACUUUAACUUCAAACCUGAUGCUUUUAGAGAAAAGUCAAGCAGAGAAAAAGAUGUCCCAAGUUCGUCAAGACCAACAGUUAGCGAAGCAAAAAGGCACGAGGAGGAGUUACUAAAAGAGGAGGAGAAACUGAAAAAACAGAAAGAGAAGCGAAGAGAACGUAAGAAAAGAAGGAAAGCCAAGAAGAAGCAGGAGAAGGAGGUGCGAUACGGCGGUGGCGAUAGCAAGAAGAAAGGAAAGAAAGAGGUUGUACCUGAAUCGUCAGAUGAAGAGGAGGAAGAGGAAGAGGAGGAAGAAGAAGAGAUAAUUGUGAAUAAACAAAAUAUACAAGCCGAUGCUUUAAAUGAAGAUUCAACGGCGAACUCCAGUGACGACAAGUCUUCCAAGGCCAAAGCCGUCAAUGGCAACAAACCGGCCGACCAUUCCCAGACCGAUAUAAACUCACACUUUGAAACCGAUUCGAACCAUCGAAAGGAGGUCCACGAUGGACAUCAGCAAGCAGCGGGAGGAGGAGGAGGAGGGAGAGAAGGAGGAGUAGGGAAAGGAGGAGGGGGAGAUGGAGUGAAGCAGCCAGAAGGAAGGAAAACACAAACAAAGAAAUCAGGAGGGCACCGCAUUGUACUUCAUCCAGGGAUGUCCGAUUCGGAAAGUGACGAAGAGACCCAAGGGUUGGACAUGAAUAGUGCCUUUUUUGCCCGAGCUGCCAGUGGCAUAGCCAAAAAGCAGACCCCUCCCCCUGCUGUCAAGACCAAAAAGAAAGGCAAAGGGAGAAAAGAAGAGUCUGAAUCAAUAGAGGAUAUGGAUCCAAAAAUUCUAGAGAGCAGAAAAGCAGCAGUAAAAGGCAAUGAGAUGGCAAGCGAGGGAAACUACCACGAAGCCAUCAAAUUUUUCUCAAACGCAAUAGGGCUAAAUCCUAUGGAUUUCAGGUUCUUUGGAAAUCGCUCUUUUUGUUACGAUCAUUUACAAAUGUAUGACCAUGCAAAACGCGAUGCAGAUAAAGCAAUCGAUCUGGACAGGACAUGGCCAAAGGGUCACUACCGAAAAGGCCGUGCUUUGAGUGGUCUAAAACUUUAUUCAGAUGCAGAGGCAGCCUUUGAGCAUGUCUUGAAACUUGAUAAAAACUGUGCUGAAGCGGUCCAAGAGCUAAGAACGGUCAGGGUCUAUCGGCUUAUGGAAAUGGGAUUCGGUGCGCAACAAAGCGAAGCAGCUAUCUUGCAGUUUGAUACAGUUCCAGCCGCUCUAGAAAACCUGCUAGCACAAGGGGACCUACCGGGUGUCAACGGGGAAAUGGAAGAAGUUUACGUCUCUGACGAAGAGGAUUACAUAACCCAAACCAUUCAAGAGAGCAAGCUAGACUACAGCAAUCCUGAAAACUUGAAGUCCUUGUGGAUAGGUAAUCUACAGCCCACAGUUACCGAAAAGGAAUUAAAGGACCUUUUUAAACCAUAUGGUGAAGUCUCGAGCAUGAGACGCAUGUCAGAAAAGUUUUGUGCCUUUGUGAAUUACAAGGACCCUAGAAUGGCCAGCAAAGCUAUGGACAAACUACAGGGUCGCGAGCUGCACGGUAAAUUCCUGCUGAUUAAAUUCCCAGACAACCCUAUAGAGCAACAAAACGCUCAAGCCAACGACCACCAAGAGUACGUCGACAUGCGCUACAAGAACCUGAUCCUGAGGAAGCCCCAAACCCAGACCUCCACGAGCAAACACAACAAUAACAAUCUUAAGAAACCCAAGCAGCAACAGCAGCAGCAGCAGCAGCAACUAGACCCUGCAUUUAAGAUGUCUGGACCGGUGAACGGGACUGAGUGUUACUUCUGGAGGACCACCGGGUGCUGGUACGCCGAGCGCUGCCGCUACGAUCAUCUCCCAGAAUCAAAAGGACUUGACAAGAAGUAAUGGCUCAAGGACGCCCUCUACAGGCCGAAAAACAAGCAUCGUGGAAUGCGUUAAAAAAAUAUCGGUAGUUCACAUGAAAUAUGUGACUUUUUUUUAAAGUCCCCCUUGUGGAAAAAGUCAUUUCACUGGUGGGGAAAAACUUUAAAAUAUAGUGACCAAAAAAGGUCUUUUUUUACAUAUAAAUAUAUAGACAUUUAACAAUAUAAAACAGGGGUCUUGCAAGAACAAAAUGACACCCCUGCUCGACUGUUUUUAUAUUGUUGGACUUUUUUUUUCUUGAAAUAAAGUUGCUGCUAUCCCAAGCUCAAUGAGAAGGGAAAAGUUUUAGAAGCAACGAGUAUGACUGACUCUCAGGAUGUCAAUGUUUGGAGAAAGCCACUAAAGGGCGCCAGACAGGGCAACCUCUACAGAGAAUGGGCAGAAGAGAGAGAGGAGCUUCACAUAUUGGCAGCUGCGGAGAAUGUGUAAAAAAGGAGAAGAUCAACCAGACAAAGUUGUAUGUUAUAUGUAUACUAUGGAGUGUAAAUUCAAAGGAAAAAUCAGAUUAUGAAUGGAAAUAGUAUUUGCUUUUUAAUUUACUUCUAUUGACCGCCGUGUGGCAAAAUGACUACUAGCUUUUUAUCCGACAAGCAAAAUAAUUUCAUGAUACCAAUUAUGCUUGCAUAUACAUGUACCAGUUUUACAAUGUGCAGAAAUGAAACAUACAUUACAUUUUCUAUACAAAAAUUACUUAGGACGUGUUAUCUAAUUUACUUUUAUUUAUCAUAAGGUGGCAAAAUAAAUUUGAUCGAGCAAUUCGAGACCAAUAGUGCAACAUGGUCAAAAUGGGCUAUUGAUUAUUAUACUGAAUAGGCCGCUUACACAUACAGACAAACCUGUCUACAGUGACCGCCCAAGGGAAACACGAAAAGUGGUCUUUGUAGACAGGUUCCUUUAGUACAUGUUUCAAUGAGAAACCAUUUUCAAGGGUAAAAAAUGCUUGUUGUAGACAACGGGUCACUUAACAGGUUUGACUGUACGUGGACAAAAUUUACGAUAUGCAGAAAUGGAGAGCACUCGUACAAUUGAUCUUGUGUGUACCUUUCCAAAGCAAUGUUAUAAGCAAUCUUCGUGUGCACUUAAAGAUGUCAAUAUUUUGUUUCUCAUUGUAGUAUCAGAAGUGUUAACUUUGUACAUUGUCCACCACCCCAAAUAAUAACCUUUUCUUCUAUCCUGAUUUGAAGGCAUUUAGGGCUGGUAUUCAAAAAAGCUUGUUCCGUUGUGUUACAAAAUAUGUGUAGCAUUUUAGUAUUUGUCAGGAUUUACAAUAUUUUCCAUUUAUUUAUGGUCACUAUACUCUUUUUGUCUCUUACAUGACAAAAUGGGUUUUAAUUGCUUGUCUGCCAGGCGAUCACUUUAUUCUAUGGCCUAUACUCUAUUAAUUUGGUAACGUGUUAGAAAUGCUGUAUGUUAUACAUGUACCCUUUUAUUAUGUACAUUAUUCAUAUAUUUAAAAAAACAUUUAGUUUAGUUUUUGCCAUGUAGAGAAUGUCACCUCAGAUUUUAAUAACAAAUUAUCAAAUAAUCUGUUUAUCAAUUUUUCAGACUUGAAAUACAACUCUUCCACACUCUUAUCUUGGCAAGUGGAUUAAAAAUAUUGAUUCAGUAUUUCUUUGACUACAAUUUCUAGAAGAUCAGGUACCAUUGUGUAUAUUGAUUGUCGGUUACCUUGCCUUGUUUAAAAGGUUUUCAGAAUGACCAU